AGUGGACACCUAAAGCGGGACUUGGCUCGGUGCGACUCCACUGCACUAUAGCAUUCACACAAGAUGGCGAUCGAGUGGAGGGAGAGGCAGAAGGAGCAGCAAGUUAUCUCGAAAUGCAUUUUCUUCUGAAAUUAAAAGCCAGUAUUUCUUGGGAUAUAAAAGGGUUUACAUGGCGCUAGAAGAUCUCUGUUUUUUGUGUUUUUUCUCUUUGGUCCUCUCUGCUCUGCCUGAUAAAGAUACAUUCAGUUCCCUAGAACUGAGCUGUAGUGCUGGUCCAGCACAAACAAUAUUAGAACCAGACCAAGCACUGGUGUUGGACUGUAGUCUGGCCACUUUGGACCAGCCUUCUAAUGUCACCUGGAUAAAGGAUGGACUGCCUCUUGUCGAACAGGAUCACAUUCAUGCGCUUCCCAAUGGAUCACUUUACAUUUCCCAUGCAACCAAGGACAGCAAACAGCAGGAAUGGAACAGUGGAGAAGGAAGUUACUCUUGUAUGUUGCGGAGUUCUUUUGGAGCUAUUUCAAGUAGAAGAGCAGCAGUUACUUUUCCAACAUUGUCAAAGUUUCAUCAGCAUCCUGAGGCCCAGGUAGUAGAAGAGAACGGUAUAGUUCGUUUUGAAUGUGGAAUCGAUGGAUUGCCAACACCGUUAAUCACAUGGGAAAAGGAUAUGUCACCUGUUCCUUCAGAUCCCAGGUAUAUAAUCCUCCCCAAUGGUGUUCUUCAGAUUAUAGAUGUGAAGGAAAGUGACGCAGGGACAUACCAUUGCAUAGCAACAAACUCGGCCCGCAAACGGUACAGUCAGGAUGCCCUCCUCACUGUCAGAAAAGGUUCACAACCAAAUUCUGGAAAUGUGGUUAUUGUCGCAGCUCCAAAGAAUACUACAGUGGUUGCAGGACAUACUGCAGUAAUGGAGUGUAUGGCAUCUGCAGAUCCUACACCGUUUGUCUCCUGGAUACGGCAAGAUGGCAGACCAAUUUCAACAGAUACCAUUGUCAUUGGAAGGACAAAUCUUAUGAUCCCCCAAACCCAGCCCCAGCACUCUGGGGUGUAUGUCUGCCGUGCCAAUAAACCAAGGAUGCGUCAGUUUGUUACAGCUGCAGCUGAACUAAAGGUUUUGGCCCCUCCCGUUAUAACUCAGUUUCCUGAAACAAUUUCUCGAACUCGUGCCAGCACUGCUCGAUUUGUUUGUAAGGCUGAAGGAGAGCCCACCCCUGUAUUCCAUUGGCUAAAGAAUGGAGAACCUGUCCUGUCUAAUGGCCGUGUAAAAAUUCAGAGCAGUGGCAGUCUGGUUAUCAAUCAGAUUGGGCUGGAAGAUGCAGGUUACUAUCAGUGUUUUGCAGAGAAUAUCCAAGGAACAGCAUGUGCUACAGCAAAGCUUUCUGUUAUCAUCCGAGAAGGAUUGCCUAGUGCUCCAAAAGGUCUGUCUGCUUCACCUUUAUCCAGCACUGCAGUCAAGGUGUCUUGGGAGCGUCCAGAAUACAACAGUGAACAGAUCAUUGGAUUUUCUCUACAUUACCAGAAGGCCUCGGGUACCGAUAAUGUGGAAUACCAGUUUGCUGUAAACAAUGAUACUACAGAGCUCAAUAUCAAAGACCUGGAACCAAACACAAACUACAUUUUCUAUGUGGUGGCAUAUUCCCAGCUGGGAGCCAGUCGGACUUCUCAUUCUGUCACUGUUAAAACCCUAGAAGAUGUUCCAAGUGCUGCUCCACAGUUGUCACUGUCAAGCACGACCCCUACAGAUAUGAAAAUAACCUGGAUACCACUUUCAUCAGAAGUGAGUCAAGGCAAAAUAACACGAUACAGAAUAGACUACAGCACGCUCAAAGAAGCAGAUCACAUCUCAUCAAUCGAAGUCAUCGGUAAUGAAACACAACUCACUCUGCACACACUUCAUCCUAACAAAGUGUAUAAAGUAAGGAUUGCAGCAGGAACCAGCAUGGGAUAUGGAAUUCCAUCGGAAUGGACACAGCAUCGUAUUCCAAACAGGGAUAACCAAACACACGUUCCUUUUGCUCCAACAGACUUGAAGGUUAAGGCCAAGAUGGAUUCUUUAUUAGUUACAUGGCAGCCCCCAGCUAAUCAUGCACAAAUUCUUGGUUACAAAAUCUUCUACAGAAAGGCCGAAGUUGAGGAUUUAGAGGAUCCAGUCGAUACAAGUGGCGAUGAGAACUGGAACAAUGGACCUAUCCGACUAAGGCGAAAAGUGAAACAGUAUGAAAUAACUGGGCUAGUACCCGAUAAGCUGUAUGAGGUGAAGGUGGUGGCCUUCAAUAAGCUUGAAGAUGGCUAUGCUGCAGUGUGGAAGGGGAAAACUGAAAAAGUACCAGCUCCUCCAGCAGAGACGCCAGUACAGCGAGGACCAGCACUUCCUCCUAGUCAUGUACACGUGAAACCAAAUAGUUCAACUUCUGUGUGGGUACAUUGGAAAAAGCCAGCCUUUACAACUGUAAAGAUUCUCAAUUAUACAGUGAGAUGCAGUCCCUGGGGGCAAAAAAAUGCAUCUCUUGCAACAUAUUACACAAGUUUAGAAGAAGAGGUUCUGAUCAGCGGACUGAAACCUUAUACCAAGUAUGAAUUUGCAGUUCAGUCAAAUGGUGUAGGUCCCUUUAGCAAAACAGUGGAAGAGAUGACACUUCAAGACAGGCCAUCUGAUCCUCCAACAGACCUAAAGUUAAGUUCUUUAAAUCCACAUUCAGUGGUGAUACGCUGGCAUCCUCCAACAGAGCCCAAUGGCAUUAUAGUAGAGUACAAUAUCCUGUACACCAUUAACAAAACUCACCCUGAUGACAUGUGGAAUUCUCUGUCUAAGAACGGUAAUGUUUUCAGCACUGAGGUACAAGAACUAGAAAGUGAUGCAUGGUAUUUCUUUAAGAUGGCAGCAAAAACAGUGGUGGGAUCUGGACCCUAUUCCCCAUUGAAAGAUAUACAGACAGCUAGAGAACCAUCAGAUUUCCUUGAUGUCCACUCUGUAACUGGAAUCAUUGUAGGUGUCUGCUUAGGCCUCCUCUGUGUUCUUUUCUGUAUCUGUGCCAGUUUCCGCAAGAAGAAACCAAGAAAAUCUCCAGGAAACGAUUGCCAUUCAUCUGGAAAUCAUACACAUUUUCGCAGGGGAAGACAAGAAUCUCCAUCUCAUGAGCUGGAAACUCUCAUGGCAGUUCACCCAGAAGAUGUCUCACUGCCAAUGACAGAUAUAACAGAAAUAACAGAAGGGCAUAGUUUGAUGAGCACCACUCUUCCUGAAGAUAAUGUCCAUAUGGAAUUAAAGCCUGUAUGGAAUGGAUCUGUUAAUAGAAACUGGACAAAUAACAUAACCAGAUACCAAGAUACAGUUGCAGAAGAGUCUGCAGUUGCAGUUAAUGGAUCACUAAAACCUCCAUUUAAUGCUGGCCAGGAAAUAAUGCAUCAAACACUUGCCGCUGAUACUUGCAAGGAUAAAACUGAAGAAAAAAUGCCUAAUCCACCAAUGUGUGUGAAUCGGGUUGAAGCUGAGGUAAUUGUGCAUUCAGAACCUCCAGCUUGUGGAAGCCAUGAUAAGUGUGAGCAACAAGAUUGGAAUAUUGAUCAGGUCGAACACACUGCAGGAUCUGCUCACAGUCAUGCUUCCCAGAAUCCUCAGUUAUGCUUAGAUACACUAAAAAUCUGCAGCAAAGAAGGCAAGGAAGACAGCAGUGUAAUGGUACUUGAGACACAUGGUUCAACACAGCUAAGUACUGUCAGCAAGGCAAGCAAAAUUAAUAUACAUGAAGCCCAAGGACUUGCAAAUGGCUUCCACAGCAAUGAAGAAACCAUUGACUUCUUAGGUAAUGGAGAAAUUGACUGCUUUCAAGAAGCCAACGCUCAGUCACUGAAGUGCCAUGCAUUGUCUGCAGGCCCACAAGAUGCCUCUCAACAGUAUGCCAGAUCUGGAUUCAUCAACUCUACCUCACCACCCAAAAACAUGUGUCCACAAUCUCUAAUGGACAACUGAAUUGAUUCUAAUCAUGGGGAGCUAAAGACUCAUUUGAUGUACAGGAAGUUAUGUACAGUUUUGCUAGCUGAAAUCGAUGUAGGCUUGGGGAGAUUAUUUUUCCUAAGGCCACUGUAAAGAUAUCACUUUAUUAUGAUAAUAUAAUUCCCAUUGCAUUGAUAUUUUAUAUAAACAGGAACUUGGGGAGUUCCUCAGACUGCUGACAGGUGUGUAUCAAGGUAACAUUUGUGCCUAUUUUCCAUAGCAGUGGAUAAUGUAACAGCAGCAACAAAAACAGUCUUUAAGUAAUGCACAUAUAUUGUUUUCUGCAAAUGUACCAUUUCAGUUACUGUCUUUGCAUCUCAGCUUCAUUUUCCAUUUCUGCAAACAAAGUUCAUAGAAGUUAUUUAGCACUGUUAAUUUUGCCUGAUGUCUGCCUGUAAGGAGCAUGACACCAUCUAAAGAAAGUUUGUUUAAAUUCCAAUUAAAUUGAGAAGAAGAUAUAUAUUAUGACCACUUUACAGGUUGGAAUAGCAAAACAUGAUUUUAUUUUAUUUUGUAUGUUUUUUUUAUUAAUCAGCAUUACUCUUAUGUGCUCUAGUGAUUAUUUUACUCCAUUUGCCUUCAUGUACGCCCAUGAUUAAAAUGACUGUAGUUGUCUUUGGAUACACUACCAUGGUAAGCAGUACUAGCUGACUAAUAUACAGGAAAAGCCUUUAUUAUACACUCUGCGAGUGCCUCUAACAACUUCUUCUAGAACCUUAUCCAGCUUAUGGGUCACAAAACCAACCUGGGCUUUGUUUUUAGGUUCUUGUACCUAAUAUUUUAGGUACACAUUUCUCUUUAAUGUAGAACUGUAUAUUUUUAUUUUUGGGGGGAUGUGUUUAUAUUAUUUAAUUUUAUCAAGUAAAAUAGUAUAAUAUGUGUUUUAGAGUAGGAUUUUAAGUACAAAUUUCUUUUUCCUCCCAGACAACAAAACUACCUCAUGUCUGUUUAAAAUGGUUUCAGUCUUUUGUUAAGUUUAAUUGUAGUGUGUAUCUUAUACUGCCUUUUUCUAAACCUAUAUUUGCACUGGUUGUGUCUUUUUUACAAAUAUCAUUCAUUUUCUCAAACAGUUCUUACUGAAUGACCACAGUUUCACACUUAACCAGACAUUUAUAGCUUAGACUACUGCUUCUGCUUGAAAUCUUUGGACAAACAUACAAUUUUUUUUUCAGAUUUUCAGAAAAGGAUUUUGUAUUAUAUUUUGAUUACAUAGUGGUCAAGUAUCCUUAUGAUAGCUGUACUGAUCUAGGAUGGAGCAAUUAAACAUUUAUAAAAUAUUGUGGAUGAGUUUCACCUAUUUAUUACAGUCCUACAUGUUGUUCAAUGUCUACCAUUUAUACCACUAACUUUUGAUACUAAACAGCAAUCCAAUAGUUUUUCAUGACUUUGAAAACAGAAGAGUAGAAAAACACCAUAAUAGUCACACAGCAUUAGAUAAGAGAAUCCAUUGUUCUGUCUGCUUGCCUGUUUAAUAUGUCAAAUGCUAGGAGCACUUUGUGGAAGAAUAGAGCUUAGGAAGUGCAGUGUUGACCAUGUAGCAUGUUAUAAAUGUCUCAUCUAGCUGUAGAUGUGAUCUAUCUAUUCUGCCCCAGCACAUUAUAGUGCCACCAUAUUAGUACUGAAUUAUGUUAACAAAAUAAUAGUAAAUACUGUAUUUAUGAGUGGGGAUUAUUAAUGGACAAAUUAAUUAUGAUAAACUAGUUUUUGUACAAUGAUAUUUUAAAUUAAAAUGCUCAGCUAGUUUGUUUAUUCACUUUGAUAUUUAUGUACAAUAACUAUUUAAUGUUGAUGUAAAAUAUUUUCUUUUUAUUCCUUUUCUCCACUUUGACAAAUUCAUUUAUUUUUUCCAAACUGAGACAGUACACUUCACAAAUUUCACACAAAAUUGCAGUUUAGUAAGAACAUAAAAAAAGUAUAGCUGGUAUUUUGGUAGUUUACAAUCAAUGAUAGUGAUAUUAUCACAGAACAACCAGUGCAUAUAAAAAUAAUAAAAUGUAUAACAAUUUUAGUACACUUAAAUGUUCAGUCUUUAAUAACACAGUAUUCUUCUUGAUCU